AUGAAUAAUAAAAGAAAGCAUAAGAUUAAACAAUUUGAAGAAAUUGAAAUUAAUGAAACGUAUAAGGAUACUCCGACAUCGAAGCAUGAGGAUAGCUAGAGUAAUGACAUGGAUCAAACCAGUAAUUCCAUCCAACAGUAAGAACCAGAGUAAAAAUACGAUUUUAAUAUCAUACCCCUCAAAGUGGUGGCAUUAACUGUAUUUCUAUUUUUAUUAGGUAUUAUUUUCGUUAUUUUUGGACUUGUAUUUUUAAUGAGAAAUCCAAAUAAAUAUCAGCAAUACAUUUCCCUUUUGAUAGUUGGAGGCUUAAUGAUAAUUCCAGGGGUGUAUUAUAGUUGCUUAUUAAUUAAAUUCAUUAAAGCAGACUCUAGAUCUACUUAAUAGAAGAUAUUAAAUGAACUUCCAAUAGAUUGAAUUAUAAAAUUGUUUUAUUUAGGAUAAUACAAUAUUCUAAAAUAAGAAAAAUGUUA